AUGGCUUGCUGCAGCCUGGUGAUGUCGGAGCCUCAUGUCAUGAGAUCUCAUCAGUCCGGUGCCAUCGUAGUUCUCCUGAGCAUCGCUGGCAGAAACAUCACGCAAGCACUGGACGUCGAGGAGGCGUUGCUCCCGAAAAAAGAGAAGAAGGUAUCAGGCGAGAAACGCAAGAGAGUGGAGGAGAUCUCGAUUGCAUUCCUUCGCGAUGGCAAAGAGGCUUUGUUUGGAAUCGCCAUGCUCUCUGCCGUCGCUGUGUUUUAUUUGCCUUCAAGAGAACAGGCUGCCGUUACCGUCGUCCCCAGCAUCUUGGGCUCCGAGGACCGUUUGCGCAUGCUGUAG